UCAUUUGAAAAAGAGAGAAACACUGAGAUGGGGGAGAAGAGAAAAAAGAGAAGGCAAACAGAAACAAAAUCCCGCAACCCAAAUCCCAAUCAAAAUCCAUUAAACAAUUCUCUCUCUAAUAAUUAAUUCUCUCUCUCUCUCUCUCUCCACACAAGGUUCUUUCUUCACUUGUUCUAGUCUCCUCCUUUCCCUACACAAAGGCUCACUCUUACUAAAACCACCAACUCUGUCUCCCACAGACACACAACACUGAGAGAGGGAGGGGAGGGAGGGAGGGAGAGAGAGAGGGAAGAUACCUGUCCUGUGCUUGCUGUUUGAUUUGGUUGAAGGGUUUUCUUGUAGAACCAUUUUUGUUCGUCGGUGGCAAUGGCAGUGUGGUUGCGGUUGGAUGUUUUUCUUCUUGUGGGUGAUGUCUGAGGCUGAGAAAUAUCAUCUUCUGGUUGUUGGGAGGGAGGUUUGAGAGGGAAGGAGGGAUGAACAACAGAGGGCUGUUCACGCCGUCGCAGUGGCAGGAGUUGGAGCACCAGGCUCUCAUUUUCAAGUAUCUGAUGGCGGGAAUUCCGGUUCCUCCCGAUCUCCUCCUGCCGAUUCGGAAGAGCUUGGAAGCUAGGAUCUUCCAUCAUCCAGCCAUGGGUUGGGGCCCAUUUUAUGGGAAGAAAUUGGAUCCAGAGCCUGGAAGGUGUCGGAGAACAGAUGGGAAAAAGUGGAGGUGUUCAAAGGAUGCAUAUCCAGACUCAAAAUAUUGUGAGCGGCACAUGCACAGAGGCCGCAACCGUUCAAGAAAGCCUGUGGAAACACAAACCGUCUCACAGUCUUCGCAGACUGUGACAUCACUUGCUGCUGCUGGAAGUAGCAGCUUUCAGAACCUGCCAUUACACUCCAUUAGUGGCUCGCAGGGGUCUGGUCCUGGACUUUCAGCAUCAGAGGUGCAAGUUCAGCAUGGACCAUAUGGGACAAGCAACAAAGACUGCAGGUAUCUACCAAGUAUCAAGGACGAAAUUCAUGGGCAUAGUUUCUUUUCGGAAGCUUCAGGAAGCUCAAGAGGUGUUGGAAUGGGCUCUUCUCUGGACAGCUCUUGGCAUCUCAUGCCUUCUAGAGUAAACUCUUUUCCUCCAACAAAGCCCAGGAAUGGAUCUUUGUUGCAGAGUAACUACCCUCAUCUGCAAGCCCUGGAAGAUGUUGGUUCAUCAUCUCUAGCCUCUGCACUAUCAAAAGAGCACCAGCAACAACAACACUGUUUCCUUGGUAGCAGCAAUUAUGGAACAGGUGAAUCUAUUAAAGUAAUCAGAGAACCUGAAUCCCAGCCGCUCCGGCCCUUUUUUGAUGAGUGGCCCAAGACCCGAGAUUCAUGGUCUGAUUUGGAGGACAAUAGAUCAAACCGCACCUCCUUCUCUACUACGCAGCUUUCCAUUUCCAUCCCUAUGUCUUCAUCUGACUUUUCUGGAACAAGUUCUCGAUCUCCUAAUGAUGAUUGAAGAGUGCAUCAUCUGCCAGUCUGAUGCAAGAAUCUUGUGGUGCGAUUCCUGAGGAGAUCUCAUGGCCAAGCUGCUGUUUCUUCCUUCUUCAUUUUCCUUUAUGUCUGGAUUGUCAUAAUGACUGUUUUGGUCUUUGUAAACCAUUUGAAUAGUCAUAAGAGUAGUAUUGCUUCUCUUCGUUUGCUUGUGGUUUGUUUCUAACACGUUGGCUACACACUGAAAUAUUCUCAGCAAGGAUCGUAUGGUUUAGCUUGUCUUUC